GACGUGAUCACGAUUGAUAUGGCGAUAUACUGUACUAUCAUCAGUAAGAGGUUAGAUAGGUACCUAACGUAGGCAACUUUUGAAUUCGUAUCCGAGCAGGAAUGAGGGCUAUCUAGAAACCGGAAUUGCUCAUAAAGCUCUUGCGUCAUUUUCAAAGUUUAGAAAAUUGUAUAAGAAUCCUCCGAGGUACUGACUUUAGAUAUAGGUGGCUAAAUCAUAUAUCUCUAAUUGGAGGCGUUAACUUCAUUUCACUAUUAUCGUCUUCUAGUUUCAGCAAUAAAUAUGACUUCAACUCAGAAAAAUCUUGCGAGCAAGAAUGCUGAAUAUGCUAGCAAGUUCACUAAAGGCGAUCUUGCCCUUCCGCCAGCUAAACACUAUCUAAUCUUGACCUGUAUGGAUGCUCGUAUCGACCCGGCCGCCGCCUUUGGUAUCGACCUUGGUGAUGCCCACGUUAUUCGAAACGCUGGCGGUAGCGCAAGAGAUGCUCUACGAUCAAUCAUCAUCUCGCAGCAACUACUUGGGACGAAAGAGAUCGUACUUAUAAAGCACACUGGAUGCGGCAUGUUAACGUUUUCCAACGAUGAUGCUCAUGGUCUCGUGAAGAAGAAUUUAGGACCAAGCGCCGCUGCAGAAAUUGCCACCCUCGAUUUCCUCCCCUUCACCGAUUUAGAUAACGCUAUAGAGGGAGACGUUGAGUACUUAAAGAGGAGCGCCGCUGUGCCAGACAACGUGGCUAUUAGCGGUUGGGCAUAUGAGGUUGAGACCGGCACAGUGAAGCAAAUCGUAUGAAAACAUUUAUAGGAUAUUGUCAAGUGAAUGGAUAUAUAGAGC